GACCUCUGACCCCGCACCUGCGGAAGCACCACCCACAAUGCACUCCGCGGGACGUUACCAUGACAACCCGACGCGAGAAUGCGGAAGUCACAUCCUGCAACAGGUUGCAUGCAACAACAAGUGUGUUUUGACUUGUUUUCAGUCGAUUCGCGAAACAUAGCGUCGUCCAAAGGCUGGGAUAUUUCUUCUGAAUCGACAUGGGUACACUGUGAGGCAGAGAAUGAUCAUGAAGACAAUUUCAAAUAGCUAAAAAGCUGCGUUGAACAAUCCAAGGAGAACCUCUUUUUAAAUUUUGGCAAACUAUGGAUCGAAAACCUGGACACUUACCCAGGUCUCCAAAAGACGUGCUGGACUCUCUUAUCUGGGUGAAGGUUGUAGGUCUGGGCAAUGCAGGAGUGGGGAAGACUUCACUUAUCAAACAUUUCUGUGAAAGUCAGUUCUCUCCAGUUUACCAGCCGACUAUUGGAGUAGACUAUGGCUUCAAGAUAGAGAAGAUUCUAGGAGAGGACUUGCGUAUCCACCUAUGGGACCUGUCGGGUAACUCGGACUACCUGGAGGUGCGGAACGAGCUGUACGGGAACACGCAGGCGUGCUUCCUCGUGUACGACAUCACCAGUCAGUCCUCCUUCGACACACUGGAUACGUGGCUGAGAGAGCUCGGCAAGUACGGAGGGCUCAACUCGGAAGUUGUCGUCGUUGCCAACAAGACUGACUUGAAGGCAAAACGUGUGAUUUCCAUGGCUGAUGGGAGAAAGUGGGCAAGUGCACACAAACUCAAGUAUUACGAGACCUCAGCUGUAACAGGUGAUGGUGUUCAGCAGAUGUUUCAGGACCUACUGAUGGCUGUGAGAGAACGGGAGGCUCAGAAGGACAAGAGACCCAAGAGUAGACAGGCUACAGACAAACAGACAACUGUCAAGAGUUAGCAUAACUUUAACGAGAAGACACAGUGCCAAGUCUCUCUUGUUACUUUACACAAAUAGUGAAGAGACUUUGCUGCUAAAAUAGUACAGAAUUUCUGUUCUCAAUAGUUUUUAAGUAUGUAGUAAUAGAUGUAAUAAUGACGAUGAUGUAAUAAUAGAAUGGUAGCAUUAUGUAUGGACAGAGGAAGUUAGGAUUCUACUGGUAGAUGUGUGCUAUCUCUGCUUUCAAUGAGCAACUAAUUAAGUAUGUACUUAAAAAAUCCAUUGGCCAGUGAGAACGCAACAUAUUACCGGUAUAUAUUAUAUUUAUCAAAGGUGAGGGAGUAGAUUCAAAUAUUAAUGUAGUGCUAUGGAUAGUACAGUCAAUACCAAGGACAGUGCGGUUAGGGCUGUAGAUAGUACAGUCAGCACCAAGUAUAUAGUGUUAUGUUAGUGUUAUGGAUAUUUCACCACUGAACUACAAAAUUGAAUGGCAAAAGGGGGCUUCUUUGGUGCUUAUCCUUUUGUGGUAUGAGAAUCAAUGUUAUUUAACUGAAUAUUGCAGAGUUUAGCAAAUCUUUCUUUCAACACAACAAGAAUCAAGCUGACAGAAUCCAGAAUUAUUAAUGUGUUUUGUUAGAUCUGCCGGGCGUAUAUUUGAAUGAGUUUGAUGCCAUGUUGUGUCAAUAAAACAAUUAAAAAUUCUUACUGGACAAUUUUCUUCUU